AUCAGAGUUUGCAGCAAGAAGUAAUUAUAGAUUAUUAAAACUCCGAGCAAUGCCGAACAAGCUUAUUGUUUUUAAAAAGCUGGGAUUCGGAAAGCGUCAUGAGUUAAUGAAUCUCAGCUAAAAUGUCAUCUACAAAACUAAAACUUCACGCUUGAGUUUGAAGGCCUCAAAGACACCCAACAGGAAAUUGAAUUCAUUUUACAGUGGAUGUCGACCCAAUUAACAAAUAUCACAGGGGCCAGCAAAUUAAUUAAUUAAACUAAUGUUACACCUGCUAGUGCGGUGAAAAAUCUCCCGGACAAAACAUGUAUCGAGCCUUGAUGCUCACUCUUGUCUGCUCGCCAGUGUAUUGUAUAAGUCGUAUUUCACAGCCAGGCUGGAAUGGAGUCAACUUUGCCAAGGCAAUAGAAGGGAGGAAGCUCAAUGGAAGGAUGAUAAAGGAAAUGGAAGUGGAGUCAGAGAGUUUCUGUCGGCUUGAGUGCGUCGAGGAGCAGCGAUGCCAGUCUUACAAUUUUGGAACCACAAAGAACGAUGCCGGAAAAUUCAUUUGUCAACUAAGCGAUUCCGAUCGAUUUUAUGGUAAUGCUAACUUCACAGCAGAUGGAAAUUUCAGAUACAGAGGAAUAAAGAAUGCGUGUGAGACUAAACCUUUUCCCUGCGGUGACAAAGAAGUCUGUGUCCCCGACUACCAAAGUGAAAGCUUCAAUUGUAACUGUGACAGUGGCUACUCGGGACAACCUUGCAGUAAGUAAUACUGAGUUUAAU